AAUAAACGAAACAAAGGGCAACUUUUGAUCAUAUCGGGUAUAUUUCGAUCGAAACAUUCCGAAGAACCUGUUGCCAGUAAUCCCGUUGAUUGAAUUUCUCCCAUUUAGAGGCAGUGCUAUCAGUAAUUUGUAAUUGAGCUCGCACAACUGCAGUUUACACGCGUCGAUCGUUUUUAAAGCUGUACGAACGAGGCGACAAUUGGGUUUCACGCGCACCUUCCACGUGUCAUUAUCACGGAAAUCGUUGCGACGUUAUCGUUAUUCGUGUACCGAGCGCGGCGUAUGUGGCAUGUUGAUUUCCGUUUAAUCCUCUAUAUAUCAGCUCGUAAUAUAUUGCUGAUUAAUCGGAUCCUUAACGAAGAAGAGAAAUUACCGUAGAAUAAUGAUAGAAGGAAAGAAAAAUAAUAGAGUACGAUGUGAUCAUUGUUGUCGCUAUAUACAGAGGGUUGAAUGCGAAAAGUAUCUUUUUUCAUGAUUAUACGUGCGAGGAGAGUAACCGACUAUUUUCAGUCGAUUUACACUCGGGGUCUAAGGGUAUCGUGGGAACACGAUGAAAAAAGAAUUCCUUUUCGCAUCCAGAGAAUCGUACGCCUAAUCGUGGGAUCGUCGUGUGCAGCCUGGCAGGCCCCGCAAAAGCCGCCAAUUAAUUAAGAUAGCUCCUAGAUACACGGUAGAUCGAUAGGGACUGGCCGUGAUAAAGACGGGCGAGGGUUUCAGACUUCAGGGAUGUUGCAGUGCUGUGGUGUUGGAGGUGGCGCUUCCACGGCACCUCAGGCUCCGCAGCUGCAGGAUACCGGAUCUGCUGUCGGGAUUACCACCUCCACGAAAACCACCAUCAUGCAGGACGCAGUUCUUGAAUCUAUCCUCGAGCAAAUGCGUGAAACGGAAGCUCGAAAAGCGGAUCUGGAGCGCCAACAUGCAGAAGCACAGAAUCAGCUACACGAAAAGAUAGCAGGACGAUAUCAAGGCCCGGAAUCGGUUGAAGCAUUGCAAUCAAAGAUAAGGGAACUUGAAAAGAAGACGGAGUUACAGAUGGUCAGGCACGAAGAAUUGUCCUUGGAAUUAACAAGCCUGAAACGUGCACGAAGCAGAGGACCUAUGGUGGGUCACUCGACGGUCCCGACUACUUGGCCUCCGACUGGUUCUGAAAUUGACAGAAUAAUAGCAAAGAUAGAACAAGAUAAUAGUGCUAGUAGAAUGAUACACGAUUUGGAUCAUACUCGAGGAUCCGUUACUACGCAACAACCCUCAGUUACACAGGGUAUUUUGCGAUCUAGCUCGGAAAACCUUCCUAAUCUCUGUCAACAUCAGCAUCCACCUCCACAUGCUUUGAACCUAGGAAUGCCAACACAGAUGAGUCACUAUGCAGGUUCACCUAUGCCCUUAACGCCAAUGAUGCCAGGCUGCCCACCACUGACUCCGAAUGGACCGCCGUAUCACUACAGCGAAGCGAUUCCACCAGCACCGUCGCUCUCCACUAGUCAAUCGCAACCUGUUUUUCAACAAAAGAUGCAACAGUAUCAACAACCGCAACCGACACAUACCGAGUUACAGAGCUCUCAUUCUCAAAGUGUUCUGCAGGCACAGCAGAAGCAACAAACGCACACCCAUUAUACGAGUAAUCAGUAUCAGGAGAGUUAUCCGCAUACGCAAACCUAUCAGCAGCCGCUCCAGCAGCAACAACAACAACAGCCACAACAUUCGGCCUCUACAACGUACCUGACGUCAUCGAGCCAAAGCAUAUUACCUCAUUACUCCCAGCCCACACAGACCGCCCAAAGUUUUCAAUUGAACGGAAGUCAGCAGGCAACGACAUAUCCAAGUUUGUCCAUUACGUCGCAUCCAAACGGAACCUAUAGUACAGGGGCGAGUAGCUUUAGUACUCAACUACCGCAUCACAACUUUUCCGUUCCACAAACGAGUAUCCCACAAACUACGUUAUCCUCGUUGCCACCCUAUUCGACAUCCUCCUUUCACUCUACUUUGGGUGCACUUACCAGCGUACCUCAAACCGCUCUUUCCUUUUCGAGCGUACCGAGCAGUUUCGUCACUAGCGGAUCGACCUAUUCCACCGUCGGGACCAAUGCUUUUGGCACGUCAGGCGUAAGCUCAGGAACCACAUCGACAGGCUUAUUACAAGCGAUAAGCGAUCCUCUUCAAGCGAUGCAGCAACUUUCUGCUCAGUCUCAAGUCAAUCAACUUCAACAGCAAGCUAUCAUCCAGCAGAUUCAGCAAAGUUUACGCGCCAGUUCGCCGACAGCACCUGCUACAACGGGUCAUCAUUUCCUUGGCUCAAGACAGAUGCCGAAGAUACCCAGUAGUAUACUUCCUAAUCCCUUGGAUCGACUGACCAAUGACAAUAUUGUAACAGAGGGUCAAGUGGACAUGCUGGAUAUACCCGGCAAAGGCAGAUGUUACGUCUAUAUUGCUCGUUUUACAUACGAGCCGUUUCAGCACUCGCCAAACGAAAAUCCAGAAGCGGAGUUGCCUGUUCAGGGAGGCGAUUAUCUUCUUGUUUGGGGACAACCGGACGAAGAUGGUUUUCUCGAUGCAGAAACUCUUGACGGUAGACGUGGUCUCGUUCCAGCUAAUUUCGUCCAAAAAUUAAUCGGCGAUGACCUAUUAGAAUUUCAUCAAGCCGUUCUUGGCCUCAGAGACGUUGAUGAUUCUGCUUCGACUAAUAUUCCCCAAGUGAGCAAUUGUUAUCUCCAGGAUAUCGAUCUGGAGUUAGCGGCUUUAGAAGAAGGAAAUCGAAAUCGACAAGCUGAACUAUCUGCUUACGCGGAGCUUGAUAAUAUAGCAGAAGAAGACGAACAAGAGCCACCAGAAGUCUACCUGUUUUCGGACCUAGUUCCGGCGCCGCAGCACCUUACACUCGAGCGACAAUUGAACAAGAGCGUCUUAAUUGGUUGGACGGCACCAGAAAAUACUCAUCAGUUGGAAUCCUAUCACGUCUACGUGGAUGGAGUGUUGAAGGUUACUGUGAAAGCAACUGAGAGGACCAGAGCAUUGGUUGAGGGAGUUGAUUCCACCAGGCCACACAGGAUAAGCGUGCGAUCAGUGACGCAUUCACGAAGAACGUCUCGUGAUGCCGCUUGCACAAUGGUGAUCGGUAAGGAUGUAGCCUUGGGUCCAACUGCUGUCAAGGCGUCGAAUGUAACCGCCACCAGUGCUGUCAUAUCGUGGAUGCCGAGCAAUAGUAAUCAUCAACACGUGGUUUGCGUGAAUAACGUCGAAGUUAGGACGGUGAAGCCUGGUGUUUACAGACACACAAUUACUGGUUUAGCACCCUCGACAAUCUAUAGGGUGACUGUUAAAGCGAAGAACCUGAGAGCAACGCACUUCGAGGACCAAAACACUCAAGCGGCAAACAAUUUAGCAUGUCACGUCCAUUUCAAAACGUUGCCCAAAGGAUUACCUGAUCCUCCGGUCGAUAUCCAGGUGGAGGCUGGACCGCAGGACGGCACUUUGCUAGUGACCUGGCAGCCUGUUGCCCUAAACGGUUCGGCCGUCACCGGUUACGCGGUGUAUGCCGAUGGAAAGAAGGUCACCGACGUAGACAGCCCCACUGGUGACCACGCUCUGGUGGACAUACAUAAGCUUAUGGGCUUGAACCCAAAGCACAUCACAGUUAGGACAAAAAGCAGGGAGAGUCAAUCGGGCGAUAGCUGUGCUACUGCCAUUCCUUGUAGCGUUCUUCGUGGCGGGACCGCGACUCAUUUACAACAUGGAUCUACGCACAUGCAAGAUCAAGGACAACCUCAGCCUUCUGGCACCGGGCAAGUGGACGACCCGAAUAGACAUCGUAUGGGAGUUGUAGGUCAGAGAUAUCCAUCGACUCCUGUACCAUCUCACAUAAGGCGACACGGCAAUACUAGGGUUGACUCUCACGGCCAAGUUAUCAUCGAGACUGACGAAAAUUUAUCCGAUAAAGAAAUUUAUCCUGGGCAGAGCAUGUCCCAGAUGGGAGUUCCAGAGAUCACCAAAGAUUCGGCAAGCGAAGCGAAUUACAGCGAGGAAGAUGAUCCGUCACGCAGAGGCAGAGGAAUGCCACUGCAUCAUGGCAGCCAACAUCGAUACGGAUCACAAAUGGGACAGCAAGCACUUCCUGGGACACAUCGACCCGGCAGAAUGGGUGGUCCUGCUGGUAGACCUCAAGAUCCUUACUAUGAACACUCGACACAAGGAAGUCAGAGAGGUAGGACUUCUGGUUACCGUGGACGAGGAAUGCAAGCUCAAGGUGGUGCCAGUCAUCCAUCGAGCAGUGCACAACAAAUGAACAAGAGAACACGCUGGUUUGUUGCUCUAUUCGGUUAUGAUCCGAAAAGAAUGUCACCCAAUCCAGACGCAUGCGAAGAAGAAUUGCCAUUCUCUGAAGGCGAUACGAUUAAGGUGUACGGUGAGAAAGACGCGGAUGGGUUUUAUUGGGGAGAGUGUCAUGGUAGACGAGGAUACGUUCCUUACAACAUGGUUGAAGAAAUUAAAGAUCCGAACCAGCCAGGACAGGGACAGUCGGGAAGGAGAGGAAGAUGGGGAGAUAUCUACGCUAGCAUGCCUGUAAAGAAAAUGAUAGCACUAUACGAUUAUGACCCUCACGAAUUAUCUCCCAAUGUUGAUUCCCAAGUGGAACUGGCAUUUCAAACUGGGAAUGAAAUUUAUGUCUAUGGUGAUUUGGACGAUGAUGGAUUUUAUAUGGGUGAAUUAAAUGGUGUGCGUGGCCUAGUACCGAGCAAUUUCCUCACUGAAGCGCCUGAUCAGCCUUCACAAGGACAACUUCCUCCAGGAAACAGAAGACCACCUGGUCAAAGUCAAGGGCCCGGAGUAAGAGGACCGCCUCCUCCGCCUCGAGAACCUCCUCCUACUGGCCAUCGACGAGGCAAAGAUGCCUGCAUUGUGCCUGUGUCUGUCCCUGUCUGUCACUUAGACUCUAGACAACAACAACAACAACAACAACCACCAUCACUAAUGAACAACCAACAACAUCAACUCCAACAUCAACAAAACAAUCCACCGCAUCUAGCGUACCAACAAGCGAAUCACCACAGCUACACGACUGUAACCACGUCCAAUCAACAUGGGCCCACACCUAUGGGUGCCCAUCAGCAAGGCCCCGUACCACCCCACCUUCAACAGCAGGGGAAGGGGAGGGGAGGCGCAAUCAAUCGUGGUAGUAAUGUGCCAGGAGGUAUGCAGGGCCUUGGUCAGCAAGAUUAUCAGCAGCAGAAUCAACCGUACCAACAGCAACAGCAGAAUCCGCAGAACCAAAACUAUCAACCACAGAAUCAAGGUUAUCAACAGCAGGGUGCAGGAUUCGGUCCCCAAGGCCAACAAUUCCAGCAGCAACAGCCUCAGCAGCAGCAACAGCAGCAACCGAAUCAGCCGUAUUCGCAACAGAACCAGGGUUCCUCUAUGCAGGGCAAUCAGGGCACGAGUAAGCCGAUGAGAGGAAUACCAACGGUGUUACCGACGCCUCAAGCGAAGGCGCAACCGAAUACUACUCAAGGCCAACAACAGCAACAACAGCAGCAACAGCAGCAGAGUACAGGGCCGAAUCUGAUGCAAAAAUUCACGGAGAUGGCCGGUGCGAGCGCUGGCGGCGAUAUCCUGUCGAAAGGGAAAGAACUGAUUUUCAUGAAGUUCGGACUAGGCAAGUGAGUUAUUAUCCUGCUCGUGUCGCCAGCUCCGCUUCUUCUCCAUUUCUGUCCCAUCACGUUAUCCAUCGGGUGGGUCCACGCUGAAAGCUCGAGGGGUCGGGAGGUCUGUUUGUAAAUCAGUAUUACACGGAGAAACGUUCGCGGAGAGUAAGCGAGACGCGCAGGCAGGAACGUACGAACGCGUCUCGUCCGCUCAGGUCUUCGCGAAUAUCCCUGAACGAAUACAAAUGUAAAUGUGUGCUGCCAUUGCUGCUGCUGCUGUUGCUGCUACUAUAACGACUGUUAUUAUUUUUCGCAACCAUUGCUGAAUCGUUCGAUCGAAAAGCUCUGAUCGCCCACGAGAAGAUCAAGUUAUUUAUAAUGUAUCUUUCUCGUUGAUUCAACUUCCUAUAUUAGCAAGAUGAGAAGAAAAGAGGAAUGUUCGCUUACGUUUUUCUAAUAUCUCUCGCUAACAUCGUCCGAGAGUGUAAUCAAUCUGAAAUCGCAUAAUUAAUGACUCUUGUUCUUUGGAACGGAAGCGCAGAGUCCUGAAAAUAACGAACAAUCUUGGUUCGAUUUUAUCUAUUUUAUUCCUCUUCUUCUUCUGAUCCUUCAUCUUCUCCUCGUUAUGUUUUUUCCUUACCACUACUUCCUCCUUGUAUACGAUAGUAUCGUUUGUCUAGAUGUCACGUAGCCGGUUUUAGCGUUAAUUGGAAUGCUGAAAUUUUCGACCACAACGGAGCACUUCCGAACAAACUACAGGGAUAGAAGCAAUCGAAUGACAGUACAUAAUCAGAUCGUUAUUAAAAAAGAAUCAUUCAUCAAUUAUUCCAAUGAAUUAAUUCUUCUUAUUAUAUUAGGUGUUAAUUAGAUCAAUAAUAUUUUAUGUAUACAUAUAUAUGAAAAGGCAGUAAGUGGACUGAAAUGAGAUUGCACGAAGUUGACAAAUUUGUUAAAAACAAAAGGAAAGAUAGAACUAUUUACUUUAUUUCGUAGUUCUGGAGUUUAGGCUGUUAUCUAAAUCUCGCGAUAGAGGAAGCUCUUACUUACAGUUUGACGAACGACUGACGGACAUUCCAGAAAUUCAAAACAUCGAAACGUGACAUAGGCACAGGAAAGAUCGUUGUUCUUAUAUUCUGUCAUUUGGUUUUCCUUCCUGUUUCCGUCUUUCUUCGCCUGAUGUUUCAUUUUCCUGUCCUAAGGUGUACAACCAAACUUUACGUUAAACCAUUAACAUAAACAGACGAAAGGAAGGAAGUAAGCGCGUUAUUAUAACAAUAGCCGCGUAGAUUAACGCGAUGCAAGCGGAUCAUUCGUAAAGGACAUUUGUAAACUGGAUAGUCGCUCCUUGUCAUGGUCGUGAGCACGACUACGAAAUAAAUAAACCAUUUUACAAGACAGAAGUCAGACGACAUCAAGAAAUACGUGUUAAUGUAAUAAUCGACCGGAAGAUUUAUAAUAGGACGACUCAUGGAUCAAACUCAACUACGUCAUAAACAUAUAAAUAUAUAAAUAUAUAAAUAAAACAAAUAAAUUAAUUAAUUAAUUAAUAUCGCUCCGAGGGGGAUAGAGUAUGUGAAUUCGAUCGACAAAAGAAUAUAUUUGCGGGGAAUGAGGAGGGGGUUAAUAUGAGAGAUCAUAGCAUACGUAUAUUACGGUAAUGAGAUAUAAAUAUAUACAUAUGCAUAUACAGAUAUGCGUACAUACGUAUACGUAUAUAUGUAUUGAUUAUUGAUAUAUCUACGUAAAGGUAUGUAUGCAUACAAAUAUAUAUAUACACAUACAUAUACAUAUUAUAUUUAACUAUUGCAAAGUGUUGUUACAUCGCUACUUGUAUCGUAUUUUGUACAAAGUAUCCUUACCUUCGAUUGUUCUUUUUCUUUCGCCGUGAUAUAAAUAUAUAUAAAUAUAAAUAUACAUAAAGAAACCUUAGCAAGGCGAAGGAAACGUGACAAAUUACAAAAAUGUCAUUUUUGCCGGUAUCAUACUUUGGGAAUCAUAAACGAAAUUGGUCAUAAUUGUUAUUAAAUAUCGCGGAUAUAUCUGUUUGGAACCGAUAGUUGCCUCUCGUCCGUUCAUGUUAAUCGAGUGUCGACAGAUGCGGUAAUAAGCGGUGAAAGAUGUGCGAUCUAGGAAUUAAUUAUCAGGGUGUCAGACGCGCGGCCCAAUUAAGCUUCAUUUUAUUCACCGAGUAAUCAAGCUUUGAGUUCCAGUUCCAUUCUUUACGAAAACUUUCUUCUUUAGAUUCGUCAUUUUCCCAAAUCCUGAUUUCCGAUUACCGCGAUAUUUCGUUCUUAUCUUUCAUCGGAAGCAUCGACUGUUGUGUUAAUUAAUUAAAUUGUGAAGAACUGUUUGCCGGACCACGCGUUUGAACCACCCCCGCGUGUAGUAGUUACCAUCAGACUCGUAAUUAUAUAAUUGGUUCGUGAUUCUUGUUUUUGCAAUGUCGAUCACGAUGAAUCGCAUAACGUUUAACGAGCAAGAGUUACAGGAACUGUGUAUACUAUGACUAUGGACCAAACGACAUUUUCUCGAGAGACCAAAUUCGGCUAUUCAAAUGUAGAUUCGUUUCCCUUAGUUCCGUAAAAGUAUUUCUUUUUGCUUCGUUCGCGGCACGAUGGAAAAGCCAGACGAAUAAAAGUAUUUUUCUUAAUAUUUACAAUACGCAUUUGGAAACUGUAGAUGAUUAUGAUUAAGCAACGUUCCAACGAUCGCGGCUCCAGCCAUCGUCGUAUCGUCAUCGACCAAAAGCCGCGAAAUGUGUAAUGCGUGUAAUGCUUGCUCGAUUUCCGUGUUCGAUUUAACGCCACGAAAUUGCAAAAUCAACUUUGUCGAUCUCGUUCGACCUGUAUUCUCGCGAACGUCGAAAACUCAAAAAGUUUAUCUGAAUCAAAAAAAUCCAGUCGAACGGAUAAAUACGCUUUCGAUGCUGUUCUUUGAAACGCGUUUAUCAAUGACGUCGUUUAAUCCAUUGGAAGGAAAUGUAGCGUUACGUAAAUAAUAAUUUUACCAGGAUAGUGUCAAGCUGUUAUUAGAAUGCCGUCGUCAUGUAAUUUAUUGAUAUUCUUGAAUAUUUAACGAUUAAAUGUUGAUUUAGUGGAUUCCAAUGGAUCGAGCGAGAAACAAACUCGUUUUCCUUCAUCUUUGUCCGAUAGAACCCCUUGCGCGAUCUCGGAGUAAACUCGCGAUUGAUGUCAGAAUUCCUAUGAAUCUUUGCUGUGAACAUAUCUAAUGUGAAAUGUUGAUUCAGGCGAUUAAACGAAAAAAGAAAAAAAAAAAAAGAAAAAAGACUGACGUGACAUUUAAGAUCUUCAAACACUUAACACGUUCGCUACCAGUGUCAGGAUCGAUCGACGAAAGCUACCAAUUUGGGAAUUCAACCGACCCGUCGGAAGAUGUAAACGAAAACAAUAAUUAACUCGCAACGAUGGCAGAAAAUUGACGGAACGUUCUAUAUAUCUAUGGAAAGGGAAACGAGAUUUUUUUUUUUUUUUCAAGAAAACAGACAAGCGAAGCAAGUAGCCCGUAAAUAAAAACUUGGUACAAAUGGUAGUGAAUGUGUUAACUGAAUAUUACUUAGCAAAUUUGUAAUGUUCAUCUUCCAUCUCUUUGACGGUUUUGUUUUCUUUCCUUAUCUUUCAUUGUUGAGUUUCAUAGCGAUAAGUCACGUAGCGAAACGAGUUUAAAGCGAUUCAAACGGGAAUGUAUGAGAAAUCCAGAAUCACUGCAAAAUAUAGCCGCAUUGAGUAUGUACGAAAGAGAAUAUUGGAACAGAGAGUUAAGGGGAGAUCUUCAUCUAUUAUCGUUAAGUGUUAGAUAUCAUAAACGAAAAGUAAAAAAGAAAAAAAAUAUGCAAGUAGUAUUAAUUAAAAAGAAGCAAAGAAUGUAACGCGAGGGAAAGACCCAUUUCAAGUAUCCCACGAAUCGAGAGCUAAGUUCUGUCUCUUCUCUCUUUGUGAUCAGACCAAAUCUUAGGAGAUAAUAAUUUUAACAACAACAGGAACAAUAAGCUGACGCAAUGCAACGGUCGAACAUGAUUAAGAACUAACGGAUAAUACUUAGUCGAAUCUUUUUAUUUAAACAUUUACCAAAAAUAAAACGAAACGAAAUAAAAAAAAAAAGAAAAAAACAAGCGCAGACAAAACAUAAAUAACGCUCUAAUAAAUUAAAUGAAAAAGUGUGGGGAAAUAUAAUAAACGAGAGAAAAUUGGAUUCUCUUAGAUACCACGAAAUCGUUUCGUUCGUUGUCUACGCUCAUUUUUGUGUAGUAUCUCACUUGUACAUUGUCAUUGUUAUAAAUUUAGUCGUUGAAUGGAUUCGUAUAAAACAAUCUUUUGAUACCGCGACAGCUAAUACAAUAUGAAUUGCAAAUAUAAGCCGUGCCGAGGAUGAUGCGUAUGUGUAUGCCCUAAAUAAAUCGAUCGCGGAACGAUGUUCGUUCGAUUGUCGAUCCUCUUUCGCUGAGAAGACCGUCUGAAGCGCGUGGAAAAUCCUUUCGAUUCGAUGAAAACAAACAAAUAAAUAAAUAAAGUAAUCGGUGUUAGGUCUCAUACCGAAACCUCUCUUUCAGAAAAGUGUUUUCCACAUCCUGAGAAAAAUAGAUGUACAUGCGUUAUUUCGAUUUAGAUAACGGUUAGUUAAAUAAUACACGAUAUUCCAACAGAUAUUAGCGAUGAGUGUUAAUCUUCGAUGCGAGAUUAAAGCUCUCUUCGGAAUCGUAGAACUUUGUUCCAUGAAAACACUUUAUGGAAAGAUAGAAUAAAGAAAGAAAAGAGGAAGAAUGUGCAUACGUGUGCGUGUGUGUAUAUCGGUGCAUAUGAUAUAAUGAAUAAAAAUCAGAGAGGGCAGUUGGUUUGAAAAGAAAAUGAGUUGAAAAGAAGUAGUUGCAGAGUGCGGGAUAGAAGACCCGAGGAACAUACUUCGAUGGUGUUAUUAGCUAGGCGCCAAUUAUUGUCAUUCCUUCUCUUGCAUCGAUACCCUAAGAUUGUAUAAACAGAACGUAGCGCAAAUGAAGAAAUCGAUUAUAUACACUCAUACAACUUUUAAUAUAACAAAUUAUCGCAUCGAUUAAGCAUGUCGAAUCGCCAGCUACGUUUGUCAUUCAGUAAUCUUGCGCUUUGUUUUUUCUAUGAAUCGGUGCAUAACAAUCUAUUCCUUGUUAGCCCAACUGAAAUAUCGGAAAAACUGCUACAAAAGAAAAAAAAUCAGCAAAAAACACAAUGUUAUUAUAAACGAUUAAUUAAUAAAAAACGAAUCUUGUUUGUUGUUA